AUGAGUGAGGAUAGCACCGAGAAGAUUGUUGAGCAGCAGUCGUUGAAGGCGCCGCGGCCAUCGUCUCCGCGGAAGUUUUUCGCUCGGAUUUACGGUCAUUUGGAGGAGGAGAAGAAAUGUGAGGUGGAGAGGCAGGAGUUGGAGUGUGAGUCGUCGUCUGACGUGGAGGUGGAGGAGAGCGACGGGCCGCAGCCGCAGCAGGAGCUGCCGAUGUGGCCGCCGCCGCCGCUGCCGGUGUACCCGCGCCCGAUGCUGCUGCCGCAUCAGCAGCUGGCAUUUGGUGCUGGUCUUGCUGCUUUCCUGGCUCGUAGACGUCGAAAAGAGAGUCGUCCCAGGCGGCAAAGAACUACAUUUUCUGCACAUCAGACCCUGAGACUUGAGCUGGAAUAUGCGAGAGGAGAAUAUGUAGCUAGAGCGAGAAGGUGCGAACUUGCUGCAGCCUUGUCACUGAGCGAGACGCAAGUCAAAAUAUGGUUUCAGAACCGAAGAGCGAAAGACAAAAGAAUUGAAAAGGCGCAUCUUGAUCAGCAAUACAGGCACUUAGCGGCAGCUUCAGGCCUAUUUCCGACGGUGUUAGGAGCGCCCUACUGUCCUACCCCUUGUCCGUGCCUACCAGUGCAUCCACCAGCUCUAGAGAAAUAA